AUGGUCGGGAUGAUGUGGUUCAAGAGGGAACCGAAGCCUGUGGCGGAGAAAUCCGUCGAGAACGGAGUGGUGGGCAAGCUGAGGAGGAAGAAAGCGGUGCUGUUGAAGCCUACUAGAGAAUCGAGUGAGAGGGAGACGUCCACUGAGAGCGACAAGGAGAGGAGACGGUAUUCGGAUAUACUAGAUAUUAAAGUGUCAUUGGAGCGACGUGAUGAAAGUGACGAGUCCCUCUACGAAUCGGCUGAUUGUCAAAGUGACGCAAUCUCUGCAAGCGAUGACGCCUUGCCCAGGCUCAGCAGAACACCAACAAUGAGCAAAGAGUCCCUUAAACUAGUCAUCACCGACGAGGAAGUGGACACACGGUCUAAGAGAGGCCAUCGGAAAACAAUGUCACUAUCGAAUCCUUUAGAAAUGGUUAAGAGUUUAGGCGACGAGUGGUUUGACCACACUAAAAAGGACCUAGAUAAAAAUUUUGAUAAAAAGAAGUCAAGAGAGUCUCUUUGGAGUGAAGAAGAUAGAGAUUCUAUCCAUGGAUCCACGUUGAAACUGGAUCAGAUUAGAAAUGGCAGUAAGAAAGAUGAUAAAAGCAAUCCCGCCAGCAGAAAAGGGAGUUCAACAGAUAUUUCCAAACCGAGAAAAGGGAGUAAGAGUUCCUCGGUAAGCGCAUUAAAUUUCCUCAGAAGAAAGAAGGCUCCGACUUCUUCCAAAUCUGUAGAAGCUGUAAUGGAAAUUGCGGAUAGAAUUUCCACCACCGAAGAGAUUCUUAACUAUACAAAAUUCUUCUUGGAAGAAGAGAAACGCCAUUCGUCUCUAUGUGGCAGCAAACCGCUUGUAGAGACAGAUUCUGAUGACGAUCCGCGCCCGCCCAAAUUAGUAGGUGAACAUAGACGACGAUUGAGUAGACAAACAUCAAGAAGUAAGAGCAAAGUUAGAGGAAAGAGUCAGUCAUUGAAGGUGAACACUUUAAGGAAAUCUCAUAGUGGAACAUUGAAGAAAGGAAAGAAGAAGAGCGUGAAGACUCCUUCAGCUGGUAGAAGCAGACAGGCCAGUAUCGUAGAUCCGCCCCCUCUACCUAAGAAGAGUGGAUCCGAUACUUCCAAGCAACAUUCUUGGCUCUUUAGUGCGUCUACAUACAGAGGAGAGUCGAGACGUGAAGGUUCAACGGAGGAGCCGAGCGCCCCUGAGCCCGACUUGGACUCCGUCGACAUCACUGCCAAAGAACAACCUGACUGGCGCGCGGGCGGCGGCGGGCGGGCGGUGAACCGCGCGGAGAGCUGCCGCGAGCGCGACGCGCCGCGCCGCGGCAAGCACCGCAACGCGUCCGAUCCCAACCGCCUCACCGCACACCACACGCAUGAUUUGGAACCUGGGACAGCGACGGCGCCGUCUGGCAGCUCCAGCAGUUCCAGUUUAUCUUCAAGAAGCAAUGAGAGUAAUACAGUUGCCGCUGAACAGCAAGACUGGUCGGAGGAGGACGAGCCGCUCGCAGCGCAGUGGGCGGACAACCUUCCACCUCAAGUGCUGGACUCAUUGCUGUUGUCUGCGAGGCUGAGGAAACGGCAGGAGGUUAUUCACGAAUUAAUAGUGUCUGAAGGAUCUCACGUCCGCUGGCUGAAAGUCCUUGACGGAGUUUUCCAUAGACCACUCCUCAAUCAGCCUUCAUUAUUACCCAGUGAGGACUUAAAAGCCCUGUUCCCAAAUUUGCCCGGAGUGAGGGAGAGGCAUGCGAAAUUGUACACAGAAUUGAGGACCGCCAGAAAUGAGGCUCCCAAUCACAUAGUCCAAAUACGACCAGUGGCGGAAGCGUUACUGAAUACGUUGGGUGACUCAGGUUAUGCAGCCUGCCUAUCCCGUUUCUGCCGAGGUCAACGUAUGGCUUUAGACGCGUUACGCGAGAGACGUCGUAAACAUAAAGAGCUGCAUCAGUUCUUGUCCAGCCGCGAACAACUGCCGCUGUGCGGACGCUUGCAGCUGAGGGACCUGCUGGCUUGUGUUUGGCAAAGGCUAACGAAGUACCAGCUCCUUCUAGAAGGAGUGCUGAAGACCGUGAGCGAGGCUGAAGGGGACAGCGCAGAGGAUACCUCUGCAGUGAGGAGAGCACUCGCUGUAGCCAAGGAUGUGCUGCACUCCGUCGAUACAGCCAUACGGACCGCGGAGAACGAGCACAGGCUGAGAACAAUCCAGACUAAGCUGGAAGUACGGGCAGGCGCUGGACCAGAAUGGGAUGAACUUCGUCGUUUAGACCUCACUACUCGUUCGUUACGUCACGAGGGCGAACUUGGCCUGCGGAACGAUUCCACCAAGCGGGUUGCUGUUUUGGCUUUGAUGUUGGAAGACUGCCUAGUACUUUUACAGCGAGAAGGCGAUAAAUUUGUACUGAAGCCCAUCAACCAGCCCAGUCAGCAGGGACUGCUCUCGCCGCUUAUUAAAUGGGACAAGGUGAUAUUUCGUCCGAACGCGGCGGUGCGCAACACGUUCUUCCUGAUGAACAUCAACGGCGUGCAGAUGCACGAGCUCUCCGCCAACACGUCCAGCGAAUACGCCACGUGGGUGAAGCACAUCAAGGAGGCGCCGUUGGCUAAGCUGACGGAGCUGAAGCCAAUCGCAUCAACAACAGCAACCUCCCACCACCAGCACUCGCGCUCCAACGACGACUCCGGUAUAAACGUGUCCCGCAAUCCGUCCGACGCGUCCGAGAAAUCUUCCUCGACGACCGCUGACGAGGAACGUGAACACGAACACGCCGUAGACCAUGCCGGCGAACAUGUCGCCGAAAGGGACAGAAGCUCUACGGAGAGGAACGAACAGGAGAAAGAGGAGAGGGAAGCAGAGAAGAGAGAUGAAGUGAUUAAAGAUAGAGAUUCGGACGAUUCUCAUAGGCAGCGGCGCGCGACGGUGGGGCGCAUCAGCACGCACUGCGAGGAGGCGGGGGCGGGGGCGGGGGCGGGGGCGGGGGCGGGGCUGGCGCCGCGCGGCGCGCUCGCGGUGCGCGCGCCGGCCGCGCACGUGCUCACCGCCACGCGCGCCGUCACGCACCACGAACGAUUACGUCGUUUAGACGAGGUGAUAAGUCGCGCUUUGCGUGCCAAGAGUGGUGUCGUAGCUGAACUGCUGGGUGUUCCUCCGGAGAGCUAUUCGCAAGUGGCAGAGAUGGCGGUCGCGGACACGCUCGGACAAGUCGACAUGUCGGGAUCGGAAAUAGAACCAACAGAGUCCGAUUCCACAGCCGACAUACAUCAGCUUCUGUUGGCAGCACAUGCACAAGCGAGUCAGCUAACGGAGAUGCUGUCUAAGGCCCUAACCAUAGACGAAACCAGCGCGAUCGCGGCUAGAAGUGGUCGCUGUGACAACUGCAGAUAUGUGCCGCGACGGACGCACGAUAAUGUCAACACUUCAGUCGAUCGAUCGGACGAUAUAUCGGAUUUAGAGAAUUGUCUUCGCUCGUCGGAUGACUUGUUGGACGGAUCGUUGGACGACGCAACGUAUGAUUUGUUGGCGGACGUUAGUCCAGUUCAGGGCACCAACAUGCGGGAUUGUAUUGAACCGAUUUUUGGUGGCGCGGGAGGUGUGGUGGGGGAGUGCGGUGGUGCAUGUGGCAGCGGCGGCAGCGGUGGCGCGGGCGCGGCGCUGCUGGCGCGGCGGCUGGUGGCGCCGGCGGGCGGGCUGAGCGCGGCGCUGGCGCGGCUGCUGGGCGCGCUGCCGCCGCAGCUGCAGCUGGCGGGCGCGGCGCGCGCGCAGCUGGCCCGCGAGCGCGACGCCGCCGACGCGCUGCGCCACGCUGCACGCCACGAUUACCAAAUGACAGAAGAGAUCUCUUUCCCAAAGGGCGUGGACCAAUCCCUACAGGACCAACCAAGCAACGGAGGGUGA